AUGCACUCAGUACUCUCAAUAUUGAGUGUCCUCUUAAAGGCACCCGUUGUACCGUCGAAGGCACCAGUCGUUAACGCUUUCAUGAAACAACUCAAUGCCCUCAUCAAACUAAUCUCUGCAAGUAGCGGUAUUAUCGCUGAAAACGAUCUCCAACUGGAAUUCUUCACUCAACUUCCACCCGCCUACGACCACGAG